AUGAAAUGUGUUUAAAAUAAAUUUCAAAAUGCUCAUUUAGAAUCAUGGAUUGACAUGCCUCAAUUUAAUGAACAACUAAGUAAUUAAGAGUAGGAUUGUCUGAAAUUAUUGGAUAAUAUUUCAGAGUAAUUUGAGUCAAUCUUUCACUCAUUCGAAAAAUUCAAGUAAGGGAUUAAUUUGAAAUUUAUACUAAACAAAGAAAGAGUAAGAAUGAACGUUUAAUAAUUAAACGUAGCAAUUGGUGAAAUGAUAUAUUUCUAAGAAUUUAAAGUAUAAGCAUAGUAUUCUAUAACUAACCGUGUCAAAAAGUUGUAAAAUGAUUUAAUCAAACUGAUUGUUAAGUUGAGAAUAGAAGAUUUGAAUUUUCGUUUAUAAAAUGAAAACAAUAACAAAUAGUUGGAAAUGAAUGGAAUUGGAGGCAAAUAACAAGGCAUUUUAAAUGAGAAAGAAAUGUUAGAAUCAACAAUUAAGAUGUUAAAUUAAUCUUAGGUUUUGAAUGCUGAAAAUUUAUCUGCAUUAUCUAUGAAAUCAUUAACUUUAAAAUCACUUGGCCAAUUUGCAGAAGCUAUAAAAUGGGCAGAUAAAGCUUUACAAAUUGAUCCAAAUCACAUUAAAUCAUUAUACUGCAAAGCUAAGUGCUUAUAUAUGCUCGACAAAUAUGAAGAGUCGGAAUAAUAGGUAGACAAUGUUCUAAAAUAUGAUUCAAACUAUGUUAAUGCGUUGCGAUGA